AUCAGCCAUAACCUAGGAGUUUGCUACAUUUACCUGAAGCAGUUCAACAAGGCACAAGACCAGUUGCACAAUGCCCUGAAUCUCAAUAGGCAUGAUCUGACUUAUAUAAUGCUGGGGAAGAUCCACUUGCUGGAGGGAGACUUGGACAAGGCCAUUGAAAUCUACAAGAAAGCAGUGGAGUUCUCACCAGAAAAUACAGAGCUUCUUACAACUUUAGGAUUACUCUACUUACAGCUCGGCAUUUACCAGAAGGCAUUUGAACAUCUUGGCAAUGCACUGACUUAUGACCCUACCAAUUACAAGGCCAUCUUGGCAGCAGGCAGCAUGAUGCAGACCCACGGGGACUUUGAUGUUGCCCUCACCAAAUACAGAGUUGUGGCUUGUGCUGUUCCAGAAAGUCCUCCACUCUGGAAUAACAUUGGAAUGUGUUUCUUUGGCAAGAAGAAAUAUGUGGCGGCCAUCAGCUGCCUGAAACGAGCCAACUACUUGGCACCCUUCGAUUGGAAGAUUCUGUAUAAUUUGGGCCUUGUCCAUCUGACCAUGCAGCAGUAUGCAUCAGCUUUUCAUUUUCUCAGUGCGGCCAUCAACUUCCAGCCAAAGAUGGGGGAGCUCUACAUGCUCUUGGCAGUGGCUCUGACCAAUCUGGAAGAUAUAGAGAAUGCCAAGAGAGCCUACGCAGAAGCAGUCCACCUGGAUAAGUGUAACCCUUUAGUAAACCUGAACUAUGCUGUGCUGCUGUACAACCAGGGCGAGAAGAAGAAUGCCCUGGCCCAAUAUCAGGAGAUGGAGAAGAAAGUCAACCUACUCAAGGACAAUAGCUCUGUGGAAUUUGACUCUGAGAUGGUGGAGAUGGCUCAGAAGUUGGGAGCUGCUCUCCAGGUUGGGGAGGCACUGGUCUGGACUAAACCAGUUAAAGAUCCCAAAUCAAAGCACCGGACCACUUCAACCAGCAAACCUGCCAGUUUCCAGCAGCCUCUGGGCUCUAAUCAAGCUCUAGGACAGGCAAUGUCUUCAGCAGCUGCAUACAGGACACUCCCCUCAGGUGCUGGAGGAACAUCCCAGUUCACAAAGCCUCCAUCUCUUCCUCUGGAGCCAGAGCCUGCCAUGGAAUCAAGUCCAAAUGAAACAUCAGAACAAAUAAGAGAGAAAUAAGAAUAGAAUGAAUGACCCCAAAGUAGGGUUUUCUUGGGCGAGGAUGUGCUGGAUUAGGAAAGGUGACAUGGCACAGGCAGAGUGGCACCCACCACAGAACAGAGUGUGUGUUAUGAUUACGAGGAGCCAGCAGUUGAGCUUAAGGUCCUUCUACCUACCUGGUAUUGGCAUUUGAGGUAGGAAACCCUCUAUUGCCCCACAAACCAGGAAAAAUGAAAAGACAGCACAGUUCCUUUAAGAACCAGCAACAAGGCUGGAGGCUGUAUGUAUGCAGCAGAGUCAGCAAGGUACAUGAUGCUGUCUUUCAAAAGGACUUUUCUCUCCUAGCUGACUGACCCCUUCCUUAGUUCAAGAAACUAAGACAUCUGUUGAGUAGCCCUGUGCUGACAAAGCCUUGGUUUAACUGGGGUGAUCCUCAGGUUGUGAGGUUUAUUAGUCCCCAAGGCAAACAUAAAUAUUAGAUGAAUAAUCCAACUUUAAUAGUAUACAUUUAAAAGAAAAAAAAUAAAAGUCCUGUAAGUUGAGGCCCAGCCUGGUGAGUACUGCAGCUGCAUUUGCCCAAAGGGAAUCCAGAACAAGUCCCUCCCUGUAUUUUGUUCUUGAGAGGGGUCAGUCUAGAAGCCAGAUCCUAUCAGUAUGAGGAGCAGAAGCCCAGGGUUGUCUGGCUCAGCACCAAGGAUUUUUUUUUAAAAAGGAAGAGUUUCUUAGAUGAGUAAUUGUUAUUGAAGACAGUCAGUGACAACCACUGACCAGAUGCUGUCAAUACACUAUGUGUCGUUUUUAGAAUAAAGAUUAUGUAUCAUCAUUCCUUUGGAGAAAAUUGUUAUUCAGGUAUAAAAAUGAGAUCAAAAUAAAAACUUGAACCU